CAAUGAUUAAUUAAAUUUUUAAUAAACUAAAUAAAAUAAGUUGUUAAUUUGUUUUCAAAUUACAAAUUCUAUCAUAAAACUAACAAAGUUCUAGGAAAACUAAAUAACUCUACUUAUUUAAUUUUGCUACUCAGAAUUCUGUCAAAACGUACAUUACUUUAUAAACACUUCAUGUUGUCUAUUUCUUCUACAACUAGAUAAUUAUUAAUUACAAGAUGAUGGGCAAAUAAAAUCAAAUAGAUUAAGUUAUUUAUAAUUGCCACGCGAAGUAUUGUAGUGAAUCGGAACAAAAAAGUGCGCGGGGGGAAGCGCGGGUGUCAGCGCGUGUGACUGAUGCAUCGCUCGCGUCACAAGCAUUUUAGUGUAAUGCGUAACCUUCAAUUGCGUUGACGUCAGUGACUAGAGUGAGAGUUUUACACUAUAAUGGAUUCGCGGGGUAGAUUUAUGGUGAAAAUGUGCCAAGAAGAUAAUUCAUCUAAGGGUGAAAAUAAGACGAUAAAACAACAGGAGCAGAGUACCGUCAGCCCACAAAAACAUAACAUUAUAACAUGCCAGAAAUCACCAUCUGAAAUUAACAAUCAUGUUUCCAAUGACAUAAAUUUCGCUGUUGAUAUUACGCCUGAUGUUCUUAACCUUCCUGAACAUGACGAAUUUAAGAUUAUUACAUGCGAAUCGGCUCCUGCUUCAAUAAUGGCUAGCGAAAUGAUUUCUAAUAACAUUAAACCACCCCAAUCAGCACCUAUGCCCGUAAAUGUCAGUCCCAUGUCUUUGUGUAGCAGUAAAAUUAAUUUAAAUGAAGAUGAGAACAUAUCAGUAUACAACUAUAAAGAUGUCAGUUCACCAGUCAGAGGGUCAAGUCCCAUUUCGGGUGUCGAACCAAUGCCACCUUCGACAGAUGAAGAACCUUUUUCUGAUUCUGGAUCGUCAUGGAUUCCGGACUCAGAAGAAGAAAUUAAAAUAAAAAAAAAACGUACAUCUUUAAUGAAAAUGAGAUUUGAAGGUAUAAACUCAAUUCCGUCGAGUGAUUCUGAAGAUGAAACAAGCAAAAUUAUAACAACUCGUGCUAUUAUUGAAACUCCUUUUGACCAAGUCUCAUUAGUUAACCCCGAUAAAAGAAUCAUGAAACACGAUGUCACAAUUGCAGAAACAACAGAUACAGAAACAGAAACAGAAACAGGCAAUAAGGAAAAAAAAAACUACAGAUGGAAGAAAAGUAAUCAAACAAAUUGGAAAAGAAACAAAGAGUUACAGAAGAAACGAAAAUGUUUGCCAUAUAAGAGUAAAACUGGAAAGCUUUGUGCAGCUAAACUACCUAAAAGUCCUAAAUGCAGCAAUAGUUGCCGUCAAAAAUGCACAGAAAAGUUUACACAAAACGAGCGUGAAAUAAUUUGCAAACACUAUUGGUCUAUACAAGAUUAUAAGCUACAAAAAGAGUUUCUGCUUAAGCGCAUCAUCAUUAAACCGGUGCAGACUACAAGAAAAUCUGUACCGAUCGACAAACAAAGAAGUACUAGCAGACAAUAUGGUUUUUAUAAAAAUAAGACUGUAUUUGAACAAGUGUGCAAGAAUUAUUUUAUGUCCACUCUUUGCAUUUCUACUGGUCCCAUUGAAACAGCAGUAAAACACGUGGAUGAUCAUGGUGCAUUUACAAAAAUAGAUAACCGUGGUAGACGAGCGCCUGCAAACAAAACUCCUGAAGAACAGAUACAAGACGUAAAAGAUCACAUUGAAAGUUUUCCUGUAAUGGAUUCCCAUUACUGUAGAAAAAAAUCAAACAGGAAAUACUUAGAGCCUACCUUGUCAAUAUCAAAAAUGUAUGAUUUGUAUGUGCAGAAAAUUAAAAAAAAUAAUAAAGUGCCAGUUAAAUUUAACAUUUAUAAGAAAGUAUUUGGCACACAAUACAAUUUAGCGUUCUAUCAUCCCAAGAAGGACCAAUGUAGCACGUGUAAUAAUUACAAUAAAGAUAAAAGUAAUAUAAAUAUCCUUAAUGAAUAUACUCAGCAUAUAGAGCGAAAAGAGGCGUCUUAUAGAUCUAAAGAGCUGGAUAAGAAGAGGUCGGAAGAAGAUGAUUCAUAUAUGUGUGUCACCAUGGACUUGCAAAGUCUACUGCAGAUUCCAUCGACUGCAGAUAGUCUAAUGUAUUAUUCCAGAAAAUUAAAUUUAUAUAAUUUAUCUAUUUAUGAGUUUAAACCUCCACAAAACGAUGCUCACUGUAUGAUCUGGACGGAAAUAAACGGCAAAAGAGGCAGUGUGGAAAUAGCAUCUGCUAUUUAUUUAUGGAUUAAGAAUCUACCCGAGGCUGUCACACACGUCACCCUUUAUUCAGACACAUGCUCGGGACAAAACCGGAACCAGUACAUAGCAGCAUUUUUAUUGUACUUAGUACAUACACAUAGGACAAUAAAAGUGUUAGAACAAAAGUAUCUUGAAAGUGGUCAUAGUUAUAUGGAGGUAGAUUCGAUGCACAGCGCAAUAGAAAAAGAAAAAAAAUACACAGACACGUUUUCUAUAAUAGAUUGGAAGGGAAUUAUGCAACGGGCAAGAUCCAAAAGACAAAAUAAAAAUGUGAAUCCGUAUAAAGUAACUGAAUUGUCGUAUCAAGACAUGAUUGAUGUAAAAUCACUUUCUUCACAAAUAAUUAAAAACAAAACUAUAGCGGAGAAUGGGGAGAAGGUGUGUUGGCUGAAAAUAAAAUGUCUAAGAUUUCAAAAGGAUUUACCUGGUUUUAUUAAAUACAGAUACGAUUACGAUGGGCCAUAUAAUUUAUUAAAUGCUCUUUGUAAACCAGGGAGACCAACUAGAAGCACACAAAACUCUGAAAUACCAACUAUAAACACUGAAGAUCUUCCCCGGGCAUAUAAACAAUGUCUUCCCAUAACCAAACAAAAGAAGAAAGAUCUUUUACAGCUUUGUAAGAAAAAAAUAAUACCUAAAGAGCUUCAUGGCUGGUACGAAGGUUUACCAUGCUUAAACGAAGACCAGGGUACUCCACCCUGCACUGAUUCCUCUGAAGUCGAUGAUUAAACUUAUUUUGACCCCUGCUUUACAUUCUAGUGAUUUGUUGAAACCUAACAAAACAAACAAAAUUAUUUGAGUUUUUAGAGAUUAAAUUGUUAAAUUUACGUGAUUUUAAAUUACGUACAUACGCCGUGUUUUAUUUAAUGUGUAUGAAGGUAGUUUUUAUUUUAAGUUGCUAUACCUUUGUUUAUGUCUCUUACAUUUAACUUUCAGUAUUGAUUAA